CCCACGUUCACCAUCAAGGGUGCUUUUUGCAACGCAACCCACCUUGGGCCACUCAAAGCCACACACGCGCUGCUGCCGCUGCUUUCAGCCUUUUUCGCUUGUUUGUGGCGUGUGCGGCAACCGAGCGUGUGGAGCGAGGCAGGCAAUCAAGCGUGCACGCCACCGACAGCAACUGUUCCAGGUUGUGAGCACACCACAGCAGCCAACACAGCAGCACACCACAGCAGCCAACACAGCAGCCAACACAGCAGCCAACCCAUCCACUCCACUCAUCCUUCCAUCAACCCAUCAACCCAACAUACACACACAUUCACACACACACACACACAUUCAUUAUGAGCGUCCCCAGCGCACGCGCAGUCGCUUGGCUGCGACAACAGGUCCGUGCACCUGUGCCCAGCAUGGCCCGCUCACUGCGCCUCAGCAGCUCAACCGCAGCAGCCACCGCGGCCACAGCGCCACCCUUCCAGUCCUGCAUGACCUGUCAGGCAAGAAGGCGGCUUGUUACCACCACUUCCAGGCACGACCCUGCCAGCACCAUGUUCCUGCGCCCUCGCACCACAGGCAGUGCUGCUGCUGCUGCUGCAGACGCGUCGUGGACCCCAGUCAAUGGCGCCGCAAGCAGUGCAGGCAGCCACCGAUACUGCAGAAACCCGCACGCCCACCACAUGCACGCCAUGGGCGGGGCAGGCGCGCUAGUGCAACCGGCAAGCACCCAACACCACGCCAUCACACACCACGUCUCAUCCUCACACAACCACAACAACCACCAGCGACGACAGGCACACAGCCAGCAACAAGAGGUCGAGGUCGGCGACGACCUGCUCCACCUCUUCAGGUCACAGCAGACCCGCUUCCAAUACCAACAGCAGCAGCAGCAGCACGAGUACGCAGUAGGCAACGAGUCCCAGGGCUGGCACCGCCAAGAACUUGCCCGUCUUCGAAGGCCAAAACAGCUCAGGCUCUCCUCAGAGCUGUAUACACAUGCGGCGGAUGUGCUGCGCGCUGCCGGUAUCGACCUCUCCAACAGUGAUUUCGACCACGCGGCACCCAUUCUCCAGCCCAUCCUCGCCAUGCCCGCGGAGCGGAUGCAGGCUGUGCUGCGCUUCUUCUCCGACCCGACCUUUGGCUGCCCCGGCAAGUGGCUGGAGCACCUGCUGGCCAAGCACCCGGAGGCGCUGGCGGCCUUUGACCCUGAUGUCGCCGCCAGCAACCUCCGCUUUGCCAAGGAAAUCGACCUCAAGUGCUUCCCCUCCCUGGUGCAUGACGUGCCGCGCCGCAUGACAUCACAAGAGGACCUCAAGGACUUUUUCGAUGCCUUCGAGGAGCUCGGCCUCUCGUACGAGACAACGAAAACGGUGCUUGUGCCGUCCGCGCAGCGGAGUCUGUUUGGAUAUUCGCGCAGUCCGCGGCAGUUUAUCGACCGCCUGGCUGCCCUGCGCCGUUACUUUGGCUCAGACCUCCUCGAGCCAACCCUCGCACAGCAGCCCCAGCUCAUCCUGUUGAGUCUGCAGACGCUUGUGGCGCGGCUGGCCAUUCUCUCCAUUGCCGGCGUCUACCAGCACGCCAUCCAAAACCCCUCGUCGCCAGUGAUGCGUGGCCUGCUGUCGCUGCUGUGCACGGGCGUGAAGGACUUUGUUGCCAAGACAGGUAUCCCCGAGACGGAGUACCAGCAGGUGCUGGGCAUCGCUCGUCGCAUCAUCCGCAGCCGCCACCCAGACAUCCAGGAAAUGAUUGAUGAGAUGGACUUUACCCCCACCUUCAAGACACCUUCUGUGCAGCCGCUCUAAAUGGUGGUGCUGGUGAUGAUGACAGUAGUGUAACCUCCGCUGGCCCUGUGACGUGUGGCUUGUCGGGCUGCAUGUUGUCGUCGUCGUCGUCGUAUUUGCUUCGUAUUUGCUUUGUACUUGCUUCGUGUGCCCCCCCCCCACCAACUUAUCUCGGCCUCAACUAGCGCAGCCAGCUUUUGUCUAUCUCGACUUGCUUCGCGCCCUUGCUUGUUCUUUCUAUCGAUACCUCCCCCUCCCCCGCUGCUUCCUCCUCUCCUCGCUCCCUUGUCUUUGUAUCCCCCCCCCCUUCUCUCUUCUCUUCUCUUUGCCUUGCGUGCGUGCGUGCGUGCGUGCUUAUGCCACGCCCUGUCUGUGAACAUGUGACGUGUGCUGCUGUUCAGCACCUCUCAAAUGGACAGUGAACGGACAACUUUGAU